GGUGGGCAUACCCCUCAAUGGGUUGGUGAUCUGGGCACUUGGAAGGCGGAGUUCUCGUCACCUGGCUCGCAGGGGAAGCAACGAGGAGACGCACGCCGCAAGCAGUUUCAGAGUCUACGUCUUAAACCUGGCCCUGGCUGACAUGAUCCUGCUCAUGCGGACUCCCCUCAUGGUCGGCUACCUCAUCCACAAGUACAGUUGGCCGUUUGGGAAGGUCUUCUGCAGCCUGAUCAUGUUCCUGCGAGGCCUGGGGCUGUACGCCUCCGCGUUCCUUCUGUGCGCCGUGGCCGUGGAGCGCUGCCUGUGUCUGCUGAGGCCCGUCUGGGCUCGGCUWCGACGACCCUACUGGGCAGUUCCUCUGACCUGUGGCCUCUUGUGGCUCGGGGCCUUCGCAUUCUCGGCMCCGUACUUCCACUUUGCUGUUUUGGAGGAAAAAAACGGGACGUAUCAAUGCCAGGAGAGCGGGAAGUUCAACAUGGGUUUGUUCGUGACAGAAACAAUAGCAGGCUUUUUGUUGCCUCUUCUGGUAUUCCUUGGGAGUAACCUGGCCGUUUUGUUGACCAUCAAGAMCGCCGUGCCUCCAACGCCGACCUCCACAAACAUAUCGAUGGYGCGGAAGAUGACGAGGGUGUACCACGUGCUCUUCAGCACCAUGCUCCUCUUCCUCACCUGCUGGGUGCCCUACUUCGUUUGUCGGUUUCUGCAGGCGCUGACGCCUGAAAUGACUUAUCAGUACAUUUUAUACAAAUACGCCAAAUACAUCUCUCUGUUUCUGGUGUACAUUAAGAGUGCUCUGAACCCGGUGCUGUAUGUGUUCGCCGCCAGAGGCCUGGGCCGUGCCAUCAAAGCGUCGGUCGUCUCGACAAUCGAACGACUUUUUAACGAAGACUCCUUCGAGUCGAUAAGGAGGAAGUCUGUCAAGAACUCGCAGAUCUAGCCAAGAGGUCAACAUCAUUUCAAGUUUAAUGGUUUGUGUUAAAUGUUUGUCAGCUUUACGAAUGUGAGUCAAGAGAAACUGUUUUUCUUUUAAAAGUUUUAAACCCAUUGAACCAGUUAAAGAAUGUUUUUGUUGUUUUUCCUUUUGUUUUGUACAUAAAGGGUAGGUUUGUUUGCACAAUAAAUAGGAUCUUUUGUAUAAA